CUCCAGAAAAGCUGAAUCUGAUGUACCUCUGCAAUGAUGUACUACAAAAUGGACGAAGAAAGGGUGCUACGGCGUAUAAUGAGUCAUUCAAGACUGUGCUUGUAGAAGCUGCAUCACUCACCAGGGAUUCCUCCAUCCGUAAGUCUGUAGACAGGAUCUUCAACAUCUGGGAGGAGCGGAGUGUGUAUGACAGUGACUUCAUCACACAACUUAAAGGAGCACUGGUGAGUUCAAAAGUUCGUCCCAAAAAAGUGAACACAAAGGUCCUUGCUGAGUUCAAGCCUCAGAAGCUGAUUGACAGCAUCAGUUCCUUCAAACGACUGGAAGACGACGUGAUAUUCCGCCAGCAGCAGUUCAGCCAGCUUCGGGUGGACGUCACGAGUAGUGAAACACUCAAGCAGUUAAAAGAUCCGCAUGGGCGUAAUCAGUUCUUCAAAAAGUUUGGCGAGCUGUCAUCAAGAGAUGGCCUCCCGCAGCAUCCUGAAAGGGAGUCUGCGGAUUAUACUUAUCGACAAGGAGGUAAGAAGUUCUCUGAGGAGUUUGACGAGGCGACAGUAAAACUGGAGGAGUUUGUGAAGAGCAUGGACAAACAGCUGGCUGAGAGGAAAAAGAUGGUAGAGUUGGUGGAGCAGGCAGAGAUCUUCUACUCCACACAACACAGUGAAGCCAAGAUUGUGGCAAAUGCCUACAAGAACUUUGGCACCAGAAUCUCCAACUUUAAGAAGAGGAUUGACCAGUACAAGAAGGACCUGCCUGACCCAGACAGUCCCAUCCCCUCACCGUCUGAAGACGCCCCGUCCCCGGGGAGUACCCCUCCCCCUGAGGAACCCGACACCAGGGAGGUGGAGGACAUGGACAUCUCAGAUGAGGACGAGGAGGGGAAGACUGCUUCAAAUAUUGUUGCCGUUACCCCGAGCAAGUCCAGCAUAACCAGGACAGGAACAGGCAUCAGACCCUCCCACUCCCACACAGGACCUGCCAGCAAGAGAGCCAAGCUGCAGCAGAACGAGAAACCCACCGCAGCCUCUGCUGCCUCUGCCUCCGCUGCCGGCGCCAACAUCCUGGAACUAUUGCAAAACGUCGGGGUCACUGACCCCUCAACUCUCAAGAAAAUGAACGCAGCUCAGUUAGUGUCUUUACUGUCAAAGACAGAGUCUAAGUCUGCUGCUCAAGGUAAGGAGUCCUCGGACGCUAAGAAGGGUCACUCCGCCAAGGAUGAGUCAGCAGACACAGAAGAAUUGAGUCCUGCUGCGGCAUCAACAAGUUUUCUGUCGCAGGCCAGUCAGAAAGAGAAGCCAGCAGCAAGUGGGGAAAGUAGCUUAGAUUCCAGGUUAAGGGAAAUGAUGAGCAAUGCACCAAGUUUGCCUCAAGCAGUCUCGGGUCUUUUUGACUCACCAGUCAGGAAAUCACACCAGGAGUCCCCAGAAGCUGUCGCCAGUAAACCAAGCAAAAAUGCAACGACGGAAGGAAAGACUAAGCCCAGCCCUUCAAAAUCCACUGUGUGGCCACAAAAGCCUGUCCCAGUUCAGCAUGUCCCUGCCACGGUCCCCCCUGUCCCACCACAGCCCGAUCUGGGCGGAGACAAAACACCAGAGGGUGGGGUGACUCCAGAGGGGGGUAUGACACCCCCUGAUGACAUUGGGACCCCCCUCCAUGAUGAAGAAGGGGGUGCAACUCCUGUGCAAGAUGAGGAACCUGUCGCCAACGCGCCCGAUCUCUUAUCUAGGUUGAUAAACCAGACGAGUAGUGAAGGUGGUAGAACAGGACAGUCCGACUUGCUGUCUAAACUAGCAGGUUUGGUGAAACUCGGGAAGGGGGGCCAGGCAGAGACCCAGACUGUCAUGAGCACAGGUCAGGGUGGUACCCCCCAAGGUGCCCCCAUCUCCAGUGUUCUUCCCCCACAUAACCAGAUGGCAGGACUAGAGCAGUAUCAUCAACCAGACAAGGGCAUGAAGGUAAAGCCUUCGUCUACUCCAAGGAGCAUCCUGAAGAAUGCAAACGGUCCCGGAGUAGCCUUACCUAUGGGAACACCUCCUGGGGCUCCACCCAGGAGUAUCCUAAAGAACAAGAACACCCCAGCUGUUGGGAGAGGCACUCCUGUAGGUGCCCCGCCUCCCAGGGGCAUAGCACCGUUAGGGGGUGGGGUGGACAAUAGCACAAGACUUCAGAGUCCUCAGGGUCUGGUCCCAGGGAAUGGUCUUGAGUUUCAGGGUGUGGGGAGGGGAGGGGGGAUGAUGCCUCAGAGGUUACCAAUGGGGGAUAACCAGUUCAAUGCUGGUGGACCACCAGUUACAAAUGUACCCAUACAGGGGCCGCGGAUACCCACCGUCACAGAUGGGAAGCCAGAUUUCCGAGGGCAGCAGGUGCAGGGUACACAGCGAGGGCAGUUUGGUCAGGCCAACCACACAAACGAAGGAGGGUUUGGUCAGGGACAGCCCAUUCAGCGGAUAGGGGACGCAGGGGUUGGGCAGGGGCAGCCCAUCCAGCGUCUCGGUGAACAAAAUGAGUUAGGUACGGGACGUGGACAGCCCAUACAGCGGUUAGGGGGGAGUGCCAUGGCAGGUCAGCCCAUUCAGCGAUUAGGGGGUGGUGGUGGGACCUUCCGUGGACAAAACCCAGAAAGGAGACAGUCGAUCGAUGUUGUCCAGCGCGACCGACCACAGCAGUUUGACCGCGACCGGAACAUAGACACAGGUACCCUGACUGCUGUAAACAGUGGCUCCCAGCCCAGUGUUCCCCAAGGCAACCCCAUCGCUAGACUGGAACCCAGGUCUGAACCAGGGCCCAGCUUCGGGCCCAGAGACCCUUUCUACUCACCGCGGCCUCGGCAGCAAGCAAGUCCCAGGCCACAUGGUCCCAGACAGGCGGGCCAUCGCCUACCCGGGCCCAGACACCACGGCCCGAGGCCACACGGACCCAGACAGUUUGGGUUUGGGCCAAGGUCACCUGCUAUCAGAAAACCCCCUCCCCCACCACCGUACCCACCACCCCCUGGUGCGUUCAGACAGAGACAGCCGUUCCAGGCCCGUCCCCGGUACUGAGGGUCUGUAUUGUGAAUAUACCUGAAUGUUAUAAUACGUAAUAUUAGCUCUAGCUGCUUAGCUGCAUCAGAUCAGUUUGUGGCUGUUAUUAUAGCCGACUGAAGUCUGUCACCAACCUUUGUGAACCCUAACACAUUGUGUGAUAGACCUACCCUACCAAGUGAUUUUUGUUCAGUUCAGUUCUGUUGAUGACACUCUCAAUAUGUAGAUAAGGCACAGUGCCAAAAGUGGGGGCAAGAAGGGAGCCUAGAGAAAUGGUCUUUUAAUUGAAAUACAGAUAAUCUGAAUCCAAGCAGUAACAAUAAGAUAAAUGCAUUGUAGUGCCUGUAUUUCAUGUAAAUCUAUUACAUUCUAGUCCACUUAAGUCCUCUACUUCAUUCAAUGCAUUUUAUGCCUCUUGGAAUAGAUAGAACAAACAACAACAGAUGUUAAUGCUAAGGAAUGUGUGUAUUCUACAUUGUGUGUCUGAAGAUAAGGUUUUAUAUCUGAAGAUGUGUAAGAAGAUGUAAGGGUUGUGAGUUGUUGGUAACUGUGAGUUUGUGGCUCCCUCUUUGCCCCAGAAGGCCCAUACGUUAAAACAGUUCUAAUACAGAGUAACCAUGCCUCUAUGAGAGUUUCCCUAGUAAAAGAAUGAUGUAAACGUUGUAAGUAAUGACAGUUGUUGAAGAGACUGAAUUUCUACGCAAAGUCGAUAGUGGUGUACAGAGUAAUUUCACUAACUAGAGGGAAGAACAAUCAGUGGGCCUUGUACACUUGCCAAAGGCAGAUGUAAAAUUGCUGAUGUAUUGGCACAGUUGCAGAGAUUAAAGUCCCAGUGUUUCUGUA